AUGAUUGGAGAGUGGAAAUCCGAGAUCUGCAAUCUUGGCUCUUUACUGCAGCCUCAGUGGCUGACUGUCAGUCAGUUUGGCCAGGUAAGGUUUCCAUCUGAUGUCCUUGGGAAACACAGGUGGGCAAGGGAUAUUCAUUGCGCUCUCUUCGACGGUACUGGAGGUAUGUAUAGAUUAAAGAAUGAAACUAGAAGCGGAAGGUGA